AUGAGCCGAUUCCGCAUCCGCAGCAGAGCAGCCUCUCUCCUCACCUCUAGCGUAGGCUAUCUUGCGACGCGAGACUGGCAAGCGAGCGCCAAGCUCCAGUUUCCUUCCACCUCCGCGGCGUCUGCACGUAACGCACUGGCCCAGUCCCCCAACUUCUCCUCAACCUCUUCGCUACCACGUAUACGAGACAUGUCGGCCCGUGCAGGACUCGAUAGCGUCGUUCUCCUACCAGGUUGGGCACAACGUAGAGUCGCCCGUGACCGUCAUCCGCAAGGCUGGGCUACCGUUGACGCUCCCGAAGAUCUCCAAGAUGGCGAGAUCGAGCUCCACAUCUCCCUACACGGCUUCGUCUCAAGGUCCCUAGAUGCUCCCAGUAGGAGCCAACGCAUCUUCAACCAGAUGGCACGUCAGCUAGCAAGCCUUCCUCGCAUACAACCUCAACCUUCAGACGCUGCUAUCCUCGAUUCUUCUUCUGCGCCCUUGGUAGAGGAGCCACAACAGAUCGAGGAUGAUGAGCCUCUUCCAGCAGAUGGCGAGCCUCCCGGCCACCUGCACGCUUCCGAGAGAAUCGCACGCAAGGUCAUCGAGAAUGCCGACGAUCAGACUCUGGUCCGCCUCAUGGAGAACCUCAACGCUUUCCCCACUGACUCUGCCGCCGCGCAUCAGGCUGCCAAGGAAGGCGAUCCAAGCCCCGUUCACCUGCACAGAUCCGAUACCUUCCCUCAGCGACCAAAGAGAACCGACAGCAUGCUCUCCGGGGGCUCAGCACAAUGGCUCAACCGCAGCCUAGAUGAGGUAACUGUCUUCCAUCACAAUCUCACCCGCCGCUUGCAAGCUUAUUGGGUGUAUCGCUCGCCUCACAAACAUGUCUUCAUCCAAGUCUCUCCUAUCAUCAACGGCAACAUUACAUGCGACCAAGAUGGCAAUCGUCUCAUCAUAGCUUCCACCCGUCUCACGACCGACUCCACCGGCCAAUUCGAGCAUCGCCUCGUUGUACCUUGGCAUAUGCUCUCUGCAUUCUGCCGCCACUAUGCCGACUUGCUCAAAGUUACGCCCAACGAGAUAGAGGCGGUCGACGUGAAAGCAAGUCUCAUAACCUCAAAGUCUGAAAAUCUCGAUGCAACUGGCGCCGAGUCUCCAUGGCGACGCUCUUCCAUCCAUGAGGACCACGCCCGGCGUGUCAGGAUCAUCUCUGACAUCGACGACACAGUCAAGCACACUGGCGUUGUUCAGGGCGCAAAGCAGAUCCUUCGCAACGUCUUUGUGCUACCUUACCAUGAAGCCGAAGUCAAAGGCAUUUCCUCCUGGUACCAUGCAAUGACUGACUUGGGUGCUGGUCUUCAUUACGUUACCAACGCUCCGCUCGAACUUUAUAGUCUUGUCCUCGACUUUCUUGAAGCUGUCCGACUCCCCAUCAGUCAUCUCGUCCUGAAGCACUAUCCGAGUGGUGCACGAAGCUUGCUGUCCAGCUGGCUCGAGCCAGCAGGAGAGAGAAAAAGAGCCAACCUCCUCAAGAUUCUCGACGACUUCCGCACUUCUCAAUUCAUCCUCAUUGGUGAUUCUGGUGAGCUAGACUUGGAGCUUUACUGUGCAUUAGCUGCCCAGCGUCCUUCGCAAGUACGAGGCGUCUUUAUUCGCGACGUGAGCAGCCCCAGCGUUGCCAAAGAGGAGGUCUCCUCCUUCUCAGCAGCAUCUUCGACCGAUAGACUAUCCAGCGUUUCCAGCAGUAUCGACGACGCCUUGCCCAAAGCGCCUCAAAGUGCCCUGACACAACCAGCACAAGCACGCUGCGUCGAGGCACCCGAGCCAGAGUUCUUCGACACAUCCUAUCCCCCAAAAGCACCCACCGCAUUGCACUUGCCGACAGCCAAAUACACUGGCCAAGCCGCUGAGGCCGCACAAUCUUCUCGUACUCUCUCAGAGCAAGAGAUGAGACAGGCGCAAACUUUCCAGACUCGCCUCAACAAGGCCACAAGCAUGCUUCCUCGCAGCACCGUCUUCAGGCUUUUUAGAGAAGGUGGCGAUGUUCAGCAACAGGCCUGCCAACUCAUUCGCGAGCUACAGAACGGAACCAGACCAGCCGAUCGCUCGUCCUUUCACCAGACAUAA